UAUCUUCCUCUACGCAUUGAUUAGCACUUCCCUCGCUCUCGCCGUCAGGAAUUCCGAUCACAAUUUCCGAUUACCGUUGCAUGGCAGUGAAAUUUCUGAAUGAAGAGGUUUCGGAGCUGUGCUUAGGGAAGCCGAAGGUGGCGUGGGUGGCGGCCACCGCCACAAUUUCCGACGCCUUGACGGCGUUGAGGAAGUCCGGAGACACACACAUCAGCGUCUGGGCGUGCGGCGGCGGCGGCGGCAAUGGCGGUUGCGCGUGCGUCGGGAAAUUUUGCAUGGCGGAUGUGAUCCUCUUCCUCUGCCGCGAGGAAAAUUCCGCCGAUCCUUUCAAGGCGUUUGAAUCUCCUGUUUCCGAUAUUUUACCCAAAGGAUCCGCCAUUGUCAGGCAUAUUGAAUCCAAUUACAGUUUGGUGGAAGCGAUAGACUACAUACUCGAUGGCACCCAAAACCUAGUAAUCCCGAUUCAGAACCACAACCCAAGAAAGAAGUUCCUCAACAAUGCUCGCCACGUCAGCCACGAAUACUGUUGGCUAACGCAGGAAAACGUGAUACGAUUCCUUCUAAACUCCGUAGGAGUAUUCUCUCCAAUCCCCACUUUUACAAUCGAAUCCCUCAACGUCAUCGACAAUGACAUCAUGACUAUACUUUACAGCAAGCCCGCAAUCUCCGCUCUGGCACACUUAAACCGAGCCCUCACCGAACAAACCUCCGUCGCAAUCGUAGACGAACACAACAGGUUGAUAGGUGAAAUCUCGCCUUUAACCCUAGCAUGCUGCGACGAAACUGCUGCAGCGGCGAUCAAGACUUUAUCAGCCGUUGAUCUCAUGACUUACAUGGACUGUGGUGGCCCACAGGAGGAUUUGGCCCAGUUGGUCAAGACGAGGCUCGAGGAGAGGAAUUUGGGGGCCAUGGUGGAAAUGAUGGAUGAGUUUUUUCAGUUUUCGAUGCCUUUGAAUUGUUCUGCUUCUUCUUCUUCUUCGUCUUGCAGCUGUUCUUCGGAUGAUGAGUCUGUGUCCGUGUCAUCUGGUAGGAACUGGUGGUGGUCGAGUAGGGGCAGCAGCAGCGGCGGGCGGCACUUUCCGGCUAGGAGGUCGAAGGCGAUUGUGUGCAAUCGUGAGAGUUCGUUGGUGGCGGUGAUGGUGCAGGCCCUGGCGCACCGUGUUACUUGUGUGUGGGUUGUGGAAAAAGACGGUACCUUGGUUGGGGCUGUUACUUUUGCAGGGAUACUUAAUGUUUUCCGCAGUGCUACUGCGGAGAGGCAUCAUAAUAAUAAUAAUAAUAAUAAUAACAACAAUAAUAAUAAUAGAACCAGAGAUUGAUAAAUUCAUUUUUGUUCUUUAUACUUUAAUCACAUGUUUUGUAUCUGGAAACUAAAUUUUUGAGGCUAUUCUUGAUUUACCUUUUAAUCAGGU